UAUUCGCCGUUAGCCGGGAGACAAGUGAAACCAAUAAACAUAGAACAAAAAACCAAAAAAAACCAAAAAAACCAAAAGACAAAAAGUGCAUUGAAAGAGAGAGUGGAAGUGGGAGACAUUCGACGGAGAACGCGCCAAGAUGGCGCCAAAAAAAUCAACAAUUGUGCUUAAUGUGGAGCAAUUCAUCCACGAUAUCGAGGAGCGACCGGCCAUAUGGAAUCGCAAUUUCCACUGCAACAAGGCGUUCCUCGAGCAGAUGUGGGACGAGCUGAGCGGAGCGCACAAGUUGCCGAGUGAGGUGUACGUAUUAGAUGAUGGCGCCGAGGUGGAUCUCGACUUGGGCAACUAUGAGCGCUUCCUGGACAUCACACUGCAUCGGGACAACAACAUAACCACAGGCAAGAUCUACAAGCUGGUCAUCGAGAAGGAGCGCACUGGGGAAUACCUUGGAAAAACUGUUCAGGUUGUGCCCCACAUCACGGAUGCCAUACAGGAGUGGGUGGAGCGCGUAGCACAGACGCCUGUGCAGGGCUCCUCCAAGCCGCAGGUUUGCAUCAUAGAGCUGGGCGGAACCAUUGGCGACAUCGAGGGCAUGCCCUUCGUCGAGGCCUUCAGGCAGUUCCAGUUCCGCGUGAAGCGCGAGAACUUCUGUGUGGCCCAUGUGUCGCUGGUGCCGCUGCCAAAGGCCACCGGAGAGCCCAAGACGAAGCCCACACAGAGCUCGGUGCGGGAGCUGCGCGGCUGUGGCCUCAGUCCCGACCUGAUUGUCUGCCGAUCGGAGAAACCCAUUGGACUGGAGGUCAAGGAGAAGAUCAGCAACUUCUGCCACGUGGGGCCAGAUCAGGUGAUCUGCAUCCAUGAUCUGAACUCCAUAUACCAUGUCCCGCUGCUGAUGGAGCAGAAUGGAGUCAUCGAGUAUCUCAACGAGCGGCUCCAGCUGAACAUCGACAUGAGCAAGCGCACCAAGUGUCUGCAGCACUGGCGGGAUUUGGCCCGACGCACGGAGACGGUGCGGCGUGAGGUGAGCAUCGCCAUCGUUGGCAAGUACACCAAGUUCGCGGACUCGUACGCCUCUGUGGUGAAGGCCCUGCAGCACGCUGCACUGGCGGCCAACCGCAAGCUGGUGCUAGUGUUCAUCGAGUCGUGCCAGCUGGAGCAGGAGACGCUGGUGAGCGAGCCGUCGAAGUACCACAAGGAAUGGCAGAGACUGUGCGAUAGCGACGGCAUCCUGGUGCCUGGUGGCUUUGGAUCGCGUGGCAUGGAGGGCAAGAUACGGGCUUGCAGGUGGGCGCGGGAGAACCAGAAGCCAAUGCUGGGCAUCUGCCUGGGCCUGCAGGCAGCCGUGAUUGAGUUUGCGCGCAACAAGCUUGGCCUGAAGGACGCCAACACCACGGAGAUCGAUCCACAAACGGGCAAUGCCCUGGUCAUCGACAUGCCGGAGCAUCACACCGGCCAGCUGGGCGGCACCAUGCGCCUGGGCAAGCGGACGACAGUCUUUUCCGAGGGCUGCACCAGCAUCAUCCGACAGCUGUAUGGCAACCCAAAGUCCAUUGAGGAGCGGCACCGGCAUCGGUACGAGGUGAAUCCCAAGUAUGUGCCGCAGCUGGAGGAGCACGGGAUGCGGUUUGUGGCCACCGACGUGGACAAAACACGCAUGGAGAUCAUUGAGCUGCGCGACCAUCCAUAUUUUGUGGCCACCCAAUACCAUCCAGAGUACUUGUCGCGUCCCCUUAAGCCGUCGCCACCCUUCCUGGGCCUGAUCCUGGCCUCCGUGGACAGGCUUCCGCAGUAUAUCCAGCGCGGCUGCCGCCUGUCGCCCCGCCAGCUCUCAGACGCCUCUUCGGACGAGGAAGAGACUUACGUUGGAGCGACAAAAUUGAUGAAGUCCCUCCAAAUAACUGGAACGACGACGCCGACCAAUGGAAUUUCGCGAAAUGCCUGCAGAAGCAGCAACAGUAGCACCAUCAGCACCGUGUCGUCGGACAUUGAAGGCGCAUGUGGGGGCGUUGGCGUUGGGCCGACCACCACCAAUGGCCACGGAGAAGAUAUCGGAAAAGAGUAAACCAUAAACCCUUAACCGCUUUUUAGCACCGCUUCUACAUCGUAUAGUCAGCCGCUUAGCCUCGCCUAUCUUUUUAAUGAAAAUUCAAAAAGAAUCCCAUUAGUCACUAAUCUCGUUUAAUGCCAAGUUGAAUGCUAAAUAUCUGAGGUCCUAGGGUGAUUCCGAUAAACGGAAGCUCUUGGCGCAGUUUUUCAAAUUGAAAAGUUUAUGUAAAACUUAACAAUAAUAUAAAUCUGAUCUUCUGCAUAAAUGUAUGUCAACACAGUGAUUAUACGAAAGACAUUUUGUGUGAAAAUGUGUGGAAGAUAAUUCAUGCACUUUUCUUGAAAGAAGCAAAGCUAAUUUACUUUUCCUUAUCGUUUUGAAAAUCUUCCUAUACCGGGUAUUGGAAUUCGAAUAUUUUCUGACAACAAACUUUGAUAGAAACGAUUACCGCUAUUUUUGUAUUAGUGAUUUAUUUACAUUUUAAGAACUAUUGUUUUUGGUUAUUUUCGGCGCAGAAUUUCAAAGUAAAUCGUUCCGCAAAAUCUUUGUAAAAUUACAUUAUUAUAUCUUAAUUAUGGAGAUAAUUAUAUUAAAAAAGGUUGAAAGCUUGACCGUACAGCAAUAA